AUGAAGCUAUUGGUGCACAAUUUUUUGGCAUCCAAGUUCCUCAAAGGCGUUACUACUGGUUUUCCUCUGAAGCUCGUUGCGACUAAGUUAGAAUUCAAGGAACGGGAAGUCAACCCGGAUUUCAUCAAGAAGAUGGUGCCACGACUGGACUGGUCUGCGCUGAAGUUCGCCGCUGCGUGCAUUCAAGCUAAUAAUUUACCUGAUAUUCUACCAGCAGACUGGGAAAAAGACGAGGCGCUGUUGAAACAUCUACAUCAUCUACUUGUAGAGGCGGAAGUGGAGGAGGGAUAUCUGGAGUGUCCGGAAACAGGUCGUCAGUUUCCGAUUAAAGACGGCAUACCGAAUAUGCUGGCAAACGAAGAUGAAGUGGCCUAG